AUGAAAGCACAGAUCCUUUUAUGUCAGAGGUUUGAGAAGAGACUUUCAGGACUGAUCAUUGUGACCUUUCUUCCCAUUUGGAAAGAUGCAGCAUCCCUCAAAGGGAAAAGAAUGGACUUCCAGGGAAGUUGUGACCAAUACAUAAGGCUGGCCCAGCUCAUUCCUAAGCUUAACCGACUUACAGCCUGUGUUGACUUGUCACUGGUAAAUACCAACUUGAAGAGUUAGAUGGCUUUCUCUUAUGUGACUAAAAAUACUUCCUUGGGUACAGAAGAUGUAGCACUUGGACUGGAAGGAGAAUAUAGGUGGCUAAGAGUCUACAUCUUGGGUAUAAUGUUUCCUGUUAACCACAGAUUUUUUCUUUUUAAAUGGCACAAUGUGUGCCCAAUAUGGAAUGGGGUAUAAGCUAUUCCUCAAUUAGACAGGGCUGCUGGUAGCAUGACCACUUCUCAGAACAUGAUGGCCAAUGGGAGUUGUCUAGGACAUUUCCAUUGGAAGGAAGGAAGCCAGCCAGAUAAGGGCGCUGACAGCACCGUGAGUAAUUCGUACCACUUUUGGUUGUGGGAUCACAUUUUGGAAAAUGAGGAUUUUCAGAAAUACCACAUUGGAAAAGUGGUGAGCUGGGAAGAAGACAACUGGAUUUUCAAUGAUAUAACCCCCACAACUGAUGACCAAUUGUGCUGUUUGGACGUGGAAGACGAUCACGAAGACGCGGUGGCAGUCCGCCAUCGCCACGCGGCGAAGGGCCGGGGGACGCGGCGAUCUUCGCUCAGAACUCGGCCCGCGGGGCGGCAGAGCACGUGUCCUGGGGAGGCCGAGGGGUGUCAGGCCCGUGGCCGCCGCCGUCGGAGGAGGAGGAGGCCAGCUCUCGGGGGGCUUCUCGCUGCCCCGCCGGAGUCUCGCGAAAUCAGCGGGCGGGCUCGGGGGCUCUCUGGCUACGGCCCCGUCCUUGUAACCUGGUUACCACCGAACCACCGUGACCUCACAGAGAAGCCGCCGCAGCCUGGAGCGGGAGCACCCCGGCAAAUUCUAGCGUCAGAAGGGGUCCUGACACGCGGGCCUCUCUGA